GAUUACAUGACUGGCCGACCUAUCUGGCAAAGGCGAGCAUUGAACCAGGGGAAAUAGCUAAAACCCUAAUCCUUUAAAUCGUCCAACAAAAUCGAGCAUUGAACAGUUUGUCCUAUCUCUAUCAGAUCGGAUCGUGUGUUACUACUCAUCAGUGUUCUUUCUUGCUCAAAUCCUCUACAACAAUGGUUGCAGCGAUAAUUGCAGGUGCCGCUGUUGCUGCUGCUGCUUAUGCUGGUAAAUAUGGAUUAGAGGCAUGGCAAGCGUUCAAGCUCAGACCAGUAAGGCCUAGAAUGCGUAAAUUCUAUGAAGGUGGUUUCCAAUCUGCUAUGACUCGGAGAGAAGCUGCCCUUAUUCUCGGUGUCAGGGAGAGUGUAGCGGCAGAGAAGGUGAAAGAAGCUCACCGGAGAGUGAUGGUGGCUAAUCAUCCAGACGCAGGAGGAAGCCAUUACCUUGCAUCUAAGAUCAAUGAAGCCAAAGACAUGAUGCUUGGCAAAACCAAGAGCUCUGGUUCUGCGUUUUGAUACCCUUUGGUGAAGUUGAUUGAUCUCAUCGACAAAGCCAUGUGGUGUUUCGAGUAAUUAGCCUUAGGUCAUUCUCUUUAUGCCGUUAGUUUAGUUGUUCUGAUCAAGAUAGCCAUGUGGUUUUGAGUUAUUGGUCUAGAUCAUUUUUCUGAUCAAACAUGAGAUAUAUAGAAACACCAAAUUGGAAGUGAAUCUAGUUUUUGUUGGUCUUGGAUUCCUGUUUUCUUUGACAAAUUGUAUUAUUCUAUUUACACAAACUUGCCAAAAUUGAAGAUGAACGAAUUUAAGAUAA